AUGUACUAAAUAUUCCCUACCGCAUUGAUAUUUUUUUUAAUGUACGUGUCCAAAUUCGAGGCGAGCAUGGGUACUAAUUUGCUUAUUUAUCUGGCCUUAAGCGCAUUGCUUUGCCUAUCCAAAGCAAACGCGGAGAUAGUUAACACAAAUGUGGAAAGAUCUCUCGACCUAACUUCGCAGCUGGUGAAAACGCUGACCAAAAUUUCGGCAGAAGACACAGCCGGCAAACCCAUUGCCGAAUACGUGUUUUUCGCUUCGGAGCCCAGCCUUGCGUACAUUUUGGUUAAGGACAGUGCCGACCGGAAUGUCCAGAUCAAAAAGAAUGAGCCACUGAAGGGCGAGCAGAGCUUUACGCUCACCUUCCCAAAGGCGUCCGCUAAGCAGAGUUUCCUGGUCGAGACUGUGGCCUCCAAGAGCAUCCUGCCGCACCCCGAGGAAAUCAAGCAGAAUGACAAACAAUUUGUGAGAUACUCGGGCAACCUGCACUUUUACUCGAAGUACAAAACCAACAGCCAGAAGACCAAUGUCAAACUCAGCUCCUCGAAUAUUUUGUCGCACACCCAGGUCAAACCUUUUUCGGUGUCCUCCAACAAAAUCACCCUGGGACCCUAUGAAAACACUGAAGCCUUCAGCCAGGAGGCCCUCGUUAUUCACUAUGAGAACUCGUCGCCUUUUGUCACCGUCAACACAUUGGAGCGCACCCUAGAGAUCUCACAUUGGGGCAAUAUUGCCGUUCAGGAAUCCAUUCAGAUGACCCACACCGGAGCCAAGCUGAAGGGAUCGUUUUCGCGCUACGAUUUCCAGAAGGAAGGUCGCUCCGGACUGGCUGCCCUGAAGUCGUACAAGACCUACUUGCCGGCUUCUGCUUCUGGCGUGUAUUACCGGGACACAAAUGGCAACAUAUCGACCUCCAACAUGAAUGCUGUGCGGGACUUUAUUGAACUCGAGCUGCGCCCCCGGUUUCCGCUCUUCGGCGGCUGGAAAACCCAGUACACACUUGGCUACAAUGUUCCCUCGUACGAGUACAUGUUCAACGAUGGCAACAAAUACCAGCUGAAGAUGCAUUUGAUCGAUCACAUAUACGAUAAUAUGGCCAUCGAUGAGGCCACCGUUAAGAUCAUUCUGCCCGAGGGAUCCAGCGAUAUACGCCUUUCGACACCCUACUCGAUUAGCAGACUGCCAAACGAACUCGUCCACACGUAUCUGGACACCACAGGUCGUCCGGUGGUCUCUUUCACCAAAUCCAAUUUGGUCGAAAGCCAUAUUUCAGACUUUACGCUCUACUAUAGCUUCUCGAAGAUUUCCAUGCUGCAGGAACCAUUGCUGGUUAGCGGGUUUAUCUAUAUCAUAUUUGUGUUCACCAUUGUAUUCUUACGGUUGGACUUUUCGAUUACAUCCCAUGCGCAUAAAGAAUAAGUAAAUCAUAAUUUUUGCAUUGAAUAUAGUUAUUCUCAUCAUAAUAAAAAAAAAAUUAAAAUGUAUUCAAAUAAUAUUUUGCAAUAACAAACGAAAUAAAUAAAAUGCUUGCUCUUGACUGCAAGAAAAUGAUCCUAAAA